AUGGUAAGGUUUAAGGUUUUUGGCGUGAGGGUUAAAAGAGACCACGCCGCCACCUGGAAGAGGACGCCGCACCUCCUGCACUCCAAGCCGCCCACCACCGAGCUUCGACCCGCCGACGGCACCGCGCCCCUGCAGACCUUCCCGCGGACCGCCGAUCUCCCUUUUCCCCCCGCCGAGGACCCGGGACACAGCGACGCCGCACCUCCUGCACUUCAAGCCGCCCACCACCGAGCUUCGACCCGCCGACGGCACCGCGCCCCAGCAGACCUUCCCGCGGACCGCCGAUCUCCCUUUUCCCCCCGCCGAGGACCCGGGACACAGCGACGCCGCACCUCCUGCACUUCAAGCCGCCCACCACCGAGCUUCGACCCGCCGACGGCACCGCGCCCCAGCAGACCUUCCCGCGGACCGCCGAUCUCUCCUUUUUCCACCCGCCGAGGACCCCGGACACACCGCCGCCGACUACACUACCGCCGGACAGCGCCGACCACCCCUGCCGCCGCCGCGGCUGGACGACUGGAUUUCUUUUUCCCCCACCUCCACCAGAUUUUAGACUACUGGAAAAGAGACAUCUCACAUCAGAAACAACAUAGGACCACUAGGGUAAGUCUACAAAAAACCUCUCAAACACCUCAAAAUAUUCUCAGAAUAGCAACUACCAAACUAGCAUACAACUAA